UGCUCCACAUUCCAUUCAACGGGAGAAUCUUCGGCUAAACAGCAUUCAACUGACAUCAUCAUAAAAGUAAACAAACGCUGCCUCAAACAUCAGGUAGCACAAAUUUUCUAAACUCGCAGGCAAAUUGUAUGCCAUCGAAUCUCCUGCGAGCCUGAAAAACUUCUCGCAGCGGCCGAAGGAAGGCUCUGCACAAGGACGUUAUAAAAUCCGGGACCUGAAAUUCGCCAUAGCCAUGGCUCGAAACCCCGUCAAGCUUCUGCGCACAGCAGUAUCUUCAAAUCCGUUGUUAAGAGGCUCCCUGUCGGCCAGGCCCUUCUCUUCAACGGACAAUUCCACCCCUAUCGAAGUGGAAACCACUCUUCCUUUCACAUCGCACCAGAUCGAACCUCCCUCGCGCAUAGUGUCGACGACGGCUGCUGAGCUCUUAAAAUUCUACCGCGACAUGUUUUUAAUGCGGCGAAUGGAGAUCGCGGCUGAUUCUCUUUACAAAUCAAAGCUUAUCCGAGGGUUUUGCCACUUGUACGAUGGGCAGGAAGCCGUGUGCGCAGGUAUGGAGGCGGCUAUUACACGAAGCGACUGCAUCAUUACGGGCUACAGAGAUCACUGCCUUUUUUUGGGGCGCGGCGGGACGCUUAUGGAGGUUUUUUCGGAAUUGAUGGGGAGAAAGGAUGGGUGCUCCAAGGGUAAGGGCGGGUCCAUGCACUUUUAUAAGAAGGAGAAUGGCUUCUACGGAGGGCACGGGAUUGUGGGUGCGCAGGUUCCGCUGGGCUGCGGCCUGGCUUUUGCGCAGAAGUAUGACAAGGCGGAAGCGGUUACCUUUACCAUGUAUGGAGAUGGAGCCGCUAAUCAGGGCCAGCUGUUCGAGGCGCUCAAUAUUGCCGCCUUGUGGAAUUUGCCUUCUGUUCUUGUCUGCGAGAAUAAUCACUACGGAAUGGGGACUGCAGAAUGGCGAGCUGCAAAAUCACCUGCAUACUACAAGCGAGGAGAUUAUGCCCCUGGUCUUAAGGUUGAUGGUAUGGAUGUACUUGCCGUAAAGCAAGCUGUUAGUUAUGCCAAGGAGCAUGCAUUAAAGAAUGGACCACUUAUACUUGAAAUGGAUACCUAUAGGUAUCAUGGACAUUCAAUGUCAGAUCCAGGAAGUACUUACAGAACCCGAGAUGAAAUAUCAGGUGUUAGACAGGAGCGUGACCCAAUUGAAAGGGUACGGAAACUUGUACUACUCCAUAACAUAGCUUCAGCAGCUGAAUUGAAGGAUAUUGAAAAAGAGGCUAAGAAAGAAGUAGAUGAUGCAAUCGCCCUAGCAAAGGAAAGCCCAAUGCCAGAUUCUUCAGAGCUUUUCUCUCAUGUCUACGUUAAGGGAUUUGGAGUAGAGGCCUAUGGUGCCGAUAGGAAGGAUUUUAAAGGUUUAUUGCCUUGAUGAAUGCCAGACCUUUUCCAUUUUUUUGGUAUUAUCGGUGAGCAGAAAAUAAGAGCAACUUCAUGACAGAAGUCCACACCAUUAUUCAUUGAAUGUAACAGUUCUUGCUCAAUCGUUAAAGUCAAUGUUUGGAUUGAUUAUUUGCUUCUUGGAAUAAACACUUUCAGGAAGUGCUGUUCUGGCUUACAGUCUCAAGUUUAUUUGCUAUUUCAUGUCAAGACAGUUUAUAUGAAGAGGUGGAAUGCAUAUAAUUUUGAUUUA